CGGGCUAUAGUCACAGAGGGCUUCAAAGAGGGGUCGACGGUAAGGAGACGAGGGCUUCGGCUGAGAGCGGCGUGAGUGCUUCGCGUUCGCGCGAGGCCCGCAAGGGUGCGUCUCGAAUGUCGCCACGCCUGCAGAAGCCUGCAAAGAACUGGGGGUCGCAUCCCCAACGAUGCGCCCCGCUCGAGACCACACGACGUGCAGCGCCGUGCACCCCAUCGGCCACACGGACCUGUUCACAAGAAGAUGGGCGCAGCGUGCCUGCAGAGAUGUGCACGGUGUGUCGUCAGCUGGCCCGCCGUGGCGUCAUCGACCCAGCGGUCGGGCGGCCAAGGAGGGUCACUGGGCUCGACCCGUGAGCGCGUGCGGGGUGAGAGAAAUGCCGCCGGCAAUGCACAUGUUCCUCGUAGCCGGGCGAAAGCUCCACCAAAGGUUAUCCAUUGCAUUAGUGAGUGUGCACACGAUGCUAUGUCCUCCGUUCGUUGAGAGCUAUCCCCGCAGACCGCAUCUCGAUGAGUU